UAAAUCCGCCGUAUAAGGUUUCUAGGAUGCUUAACGCGGUGAAUAAAGCUGUCCGGUCGUGUUGACAGCGAGCUCUUCUCCUUUUUCAGUUGAUCUGUUUGGGUUUAGCAACCUAGGCUAAGCUACAGCGGUAGACAUAGAAAACAGCUCCUAUAAAACAAACAAAGCAAAACUAACCUUCAAAACUGCCUUCGGCUAUCAGCUCAACCUGACUACACUCGUUCUGUAACCUUCGUCUGUCAGCUCAACCUGACUACAGUCGUUCUGUAACCUUCGUCUCUCAGCUCAACCUGAUUACAGUCGUUCUGUAACCUUCGUCUGUCAGCUCAACCUGAUUCCAGUCGUUCUGUAACCUUCGUCUCUCAGCUCAACCUGAUUCCAGUCGUUCUGUAACCUUCGUCUGUAAACAAAACACUGACGAUAAACUUGGAUGUAAAUUACAUUGUUUCAAUUAAACUUAACAUGACAUCAAUACCAGGUAAAACAUUAUAUGGACAAAAGUAUUGGGACACCUACACGUUACACUUACAGGAGGUUUUCUGAAUCCCAUUCUAAAUCUAUAGGCAUUCAUAUGGAGUUGGUCUCCUUUUGCAGCUCUAACAGCUUCCACUCUUCUGGGAGGCUUUCUACAAGAUUUUGGAGAGAGUUUGUGGGAGUUUGUGUCCAUUCAUCCAGAAGAGCAUUUGUGAGGUCAGAUACUGAUGUUGGACGAGAGGGCCUGGCUCGCGGUCAGAGGUAUCCUAUGACAGAGCCUUGUUUAAAGUGAUUGAGCUCAUCAGUACAACCCUCUACUGUUUGUCUAUGGAGACUGCAAGCCUAAUGGGUGUGGCUAAAACAUCUGAACUUAAUAAUUAGGAGGUGUAUCCCAAUAUUUUGUCCAUAUAGUGUAUAAUGUGUAAUCAUAUAAACCAUAGGAGUGUAACAAUGCGUAGUUAUGUUUAAUAUGAUAUGCAAUAUCGUCCCAGUACACUAGCUUCAAGCUACAAUGUCGGUCACAGUGUGAGGUAAUAGAGAAAGGUAGAGAGCGAUACAGCACAGUAUCUUGAAGUGUUGCAGGUCUACACUGUGCUUCAGUUUUAGCAACUGUUUCUUCUGCUUUCUGUAAUUCUGCUUUGUUGCGUUCCUUGCUGUACAUUCCUUUAUACUUGUUGCUUCGCACUUGAGUAGAUAAAGAGCUGACGUGCCAUUUCUCCAAACCCGAGCAGUGCAAAAACGGAACUACAGACAGCGAAGACUGCAUGGUGCGGUGUUGCCGUGGCGAUUCCUCCAGACCUCGGCGUAAGACUGCAGCGUUGAAGAUGGACGAGGCGGCCCUGUACGUGAUAAACGAGGUCGAGAGUGAGAUGCUGCUGUCCAUCAUGUCUGACCACUGCUUUCAGUGUUUUCCGCAGCCUGUAGGACGGAUACCGGCCGGGCCUGGGCCAGGUGUGCCUGCCACACUGGGCUUCACUGUGAGCACCCAGCAUGCACUUAUACUGCAACUCAACAGCACUCCAUUAAACACAGAACUGUGCAGGAUGCAUUUCCAUUUUGGAGAGCAUGGGAACUACUCUCUGUGGGUGAAGAACCUGAACGAUCUCUCACAGGUCAACUGCACCAUGGUCACUGACUCCGAGCCGAUCAAUAGCUACCUACCCAUCUUGCUUGCCUUCCUUGUGUUUGCCAGUUUGUAUGUAUUGGCUGCCAUCUGGAACUCAGUGAAGGGGCUGGACGCCGUGAGGAAUCUUCUCCUUCGUUUGGGGAGCACCAUGGAGGCUGAAAGACUCAUCAAUUCCGAGCUGGGCUCUCCCAGCCGGGUGGUGGAAUCCUCGGCCGAGUCAAUUAUACCUGCCACUGCUGGCCGGAGGCUUCGCUCUCUCGACACAUUCAGAGGCCUUGCUCUGGUGGUGAUGGUGUUUGUGAAUUAUGGAGGAGGACGCUAUUGGUUCUUCAGACACGAGAGCUGGAACGGACUCACUGUAGCUGACCUGGUCUUUCCCUGGUUUGUGUUCAUCAUGGGUACGUCCAUAUCCCUGUCCGUAAACGGUGCUCUGUGCCGGGGAGCCAUGCGUUCUCAUCUGCUCAGGAAAGUCUGCUGGAGGAGCUUACAGCUCUUCCUCAUCGGAGUCUUCAUCAUCAACCCCAACUACUGCCUCGGGCCGCUAUCCUGGGACUCGCUCCGUAUUCCUGGUGUACUGCAGCGUUUAGCCUUUACCUACCUGGUUGUGGCCGUGUUGGAUGUGUUGGUGGCCCGAGUUCAUCAGGACAGCUCACUAACUGAUGUGUGGUGGUACCCCGCCCAUGAUAUCUUCCUGAACUGGCCUGCAUGGAUAUGUGUGAUCACCAUGGAAACACUGUGGCUGUGCUUGACCUUCUUGCUGCCCGUUCCAGGCUGCCCGACUGGAUAUUUGGGUCCAGGGGGAGUCGGGGAUUUUGGUCAGUAUCCAGACUGCACUGGAGGAGCUGCAGGCUACAUCGACCGCUGGCUGCUGGGAGAAAACCAUAUUUACCAAACCCCGUCGACACGGGUCGUCUAUCAGACCACAGUGCCCUUUGACCCUGAGGGAGUUCUUGGCAGUAUUAACUCUGUGUUGAUGGCCUUCCUCGGCCUUCAGGCGGGGAAGGUUCUCCUGCACUACAGAGAGCAGCACAGGCAGAUCAUCACCCGUUUCCUGGUGUGGAGCUUCCUGCUGGGAAUCUUCUCCGCUGUUCUGACCAAAUGCUCCAGAAAUCAGGGCUACAUCCCCGUCAACAAGAACCUGUGGUCUCUGUCGUAUGUGACGACUCUCAGCUGCUUUGCGUUUGUGGUCUUGCUGGUGGUCUACUACACAGUGGAUGUGAAAAGGUGGUGGUCUGGAGCCCCGUUCUUCUACCCAGGUAUGAACUCCAUCCUGGUGUAUGUGGGUCAUGAGGUGUUUGAAGACUACUUCCCGUUCCGCUGGAGGAUGGCCAACAGCCAAUCACACUCCGAGCACCUGGCCCAGAACCUGCUGGCCACAUCCAUAUGGGUCCUCAUCUCCUACGUCCUCUACAGGAAGAAGAUCUUCUGGAAGAUCUAAUGGCUUCCCCUUGUGGUGUGAGUUCAGACCCCUUUUUCAUCCACCGAUGACCCGACCAUCUGGAACAAGCUUUCUGCAGCAGGAACUUGGGAAGUGUCAGUUUGAUUAUUUGGAGAUCAGAUGAACUUGAUGAUGCUCGUGAUUUUAGCAACAACGUUGGAUGGAGAACUCAUCUCAAAGAACGGUGAAACCAGACGGUCAUUAGAAGAUUCCCAGUGACUCAGAACAGGUGUUGGGUCCACACAACAUCUGCAUUGUGGGAAAACGAUCUCUUGGCAAGUGUGAGCUUCUUAAAUGUAGACGAUAGAUAUAAUAUUUCUCAUUGAGGUUGUUGAAAGAGCUUCACAGUAUUGUUCCACAUGUUUAAGGAUGUUUAUACUGAUAUAAAAUAAUUAAUUAAGGUAAAAUAUUUCCUUCAAGCGUUAAGAGUAACUUUAACACUGGAUAAAAUUACUCAUUCUAAAGGCCUGGAUUUUCAUAGACUUGGGCAGUGGUUGAGAUCUUCCGUCUGAAAUGAGACCCUCUAAUAAAAGAGCAUUACUUCAUUAUCAGCUACUAGCGCCGCUCUGUAGGCAACCCUGGCCGUCUGCAGGGACAGCAGAGGAGGGGAAA